UUUUUCUUAACACCUAAUUUUUUGCAUGUUAUACGUUUUCUCCGGCAAAAGGGCGGCAAUUUGGGAAUAGACUCUGCAUAUAUGCUACGGAUGAUUACCCGGAUGAUUACUGCUCUUAGAGGAGAUACCGGUGGUUCUUUUUGUUUCUUCGAACGUUAUAUUCGUGUUAUUCCCCCUACGAUGAUGUGAUGCACUGCAAAAUUCCCUCUCUUUAGUUCUAGCCUUCGUACUAUUUCUGCCGUUUGGGUGGUUUCUUUUCGUUAUUAUUAUCCUUUCUGAAAGCAAUGUUCUCUGUGUGUCGCUCUAAUGUGAUUAUGAUCAAUGGGUCGGUUUGGGUGGCACGGUUUGGGGCGGUUAUCUGUGGUAUAUCUUUUUGCUCGUUUUCGUUGUCUUUAUGUUUGCUGUUCGUCACGAUCAUAUCCUUAUUGUUUUUUUUGGGAGGACACCGUGAAUUCUGGUGUAUAUUGAAGCGCGAGCCGCAGGCCCACCGGUCAGUUCGAUGCAACGCUGGUUUGCAAAAUCGCCUCGCUAUUUCUUUUACUCCCUUCUGCGAGUGUUUCAUGCAAUGUUCAGCGAGGAGCUGGUGAUAUCAUUACCCUGUGUCUUUUCUCGGGCCCCUUCUGCGAUCGCGUUUGGGCCGUUGUCGACUGCAAGAUGAUUUCGGGUACUGAAGCAGCGUUGUGCAGGAGAUGUAUAUGAAACGAUUACUUCUCUUGUAUCAUUUGUGAUGGAUGGUUUCUCGAGUAUCUUAUUAUUUGGGAGGGAAGGACUCCUUUUUUACUUCUCUUUCACGUUCAUGUUUUUCUUUUGUUUCAAAUCACGAUUUGCACAUGUGGGUGGCUCUCUGUUCGACUCGAUCGAUAUCCGGCUCGUUGUAUUCGGGAAAAGUAGGGUCAAUUCAAGUAUAAUUAUCUGUAUUUCUUUGCUUUUCUUUCUCCAUAACUUGAUACCCUCUCCUUUUUUCUCCCGUCUGUCUCUCUUUUCUAAUGGGGUUACCCUUACGGAUGUCAUAGCUUUGACAUUUACAUCUACGCAAACAACAAUGCUAUACACGGUCUCAACCCGGGCAUCAAGGAAAAGAACGUAUGACACAACAAGACAGCAGGAAAAGAAUGAAAAUUGAAGAUGUCACCGUAACAAACUCAACCAACCCACGAACCAAGGUUCUCAUACCCCCAAUCCACCAUCACCCGACAAAACCUCUCCCCACCCAUAGUAUCGUCCACAUCCCUACAUAUCAAAGUUUAAAAAAGAGAAGUUAAAGAAAACAAAACAAAACCCCAGCAUGAGAAAAAUCUAAGGUUAACUUAAGUUCAAAUAAAAUAG